UCUAAGACGUUAUCCUAUCCAACAUCCGAACAAAUUCAUAUCUCUUUUCGUUCUCAAUGGAGCAAGCCUUCUCCACUGCCACUGCCAAAAAAGUUUGGCCUCCUCAGACUUGGUGUAGAGAGAGAAGAGUUCUUAUAAGCCCCAUCAUUCCUGGUGAAAGCCUAUUCUCUCUCCUCAUUUUCCCUCUCAACUUUAUGCACUCUUCCUUUAGUUUUGUUAUGCAGCUGCUCUUGGAAUCACAUCAAACAAGACUUAAACCCCGCAGUUCCUGGUGCAAUUCUACCUCCUCCAUUUCUCUUUCUACUUCUGCUUAUUCUUUAGGCUUGUGACAUGGAUGUCUCGUCACUCGUUCUAAUAUUCACUCUACAACUAGCAACACGAUGAUAGGAUCGCUUACACAAAAUACCCAUUUAUACAUCUCACCUGAGACACCCAAUUCAGUUUCAGGGCUGAAAUCAAAAGAUCAAGAAUGCUUUACCCUUCUGCAAAAGUCCAAGAACAUGAAAGAAUUCAUGCAAGUCCAUGCCAAGAUUAUCAAACUAGGCUUUACCCAUGAUUCUCAGAGAGCUGGAGAUGCCAUGGCCAUGUGUGCUCUCUCUCACUGGGGUAGCAUGGAUUAUGCAUGCUCAAUUUUCCACCAAAUUGAGGAACCAAACACAUUCAUCUUCAACACCAUGAUCAGAGGUCAUGUGGGUGAAAACGAACCAGGAAAGGCCUUCUCUCUCUAUGUUCAGAUGCUCCUAGAAGAAGUUUUGCCAAAUGGGUACACUUUCCCCUUUGUUAUAAAGGCCUGUGCUCAAUUAUCGGCGCUCGAGAAGGGGCACCAGCUCCAUGGCAUGGCCAUCAAAUUUGGGUUUGGGUUUGAUACUUGUGUGAUGAAUACUUUGAUUAGCAUGUAUGCUAAAUGUGGAGAUAUAAGCUCGGCAAAGCUUGUAUUUGAUAGCAUUCCUCAAAAGAACCCUGUUUCAUGGAGUGCUAUGAUUUCAGGUUACACCAAAUGUGGGCUUUGGGAUCAAUGCUUAAGUACUUUUAGUUUGAUGCAAAGUGAAGGUUGGAGGCCUGAUGAGAGCACUCUAGUGAGUGUUCUCUCCUCUUGUGCUCAUUUGAGUGCUCUAGAUUUGGGGAGGUGCACCCAUGCUUCAUUACUUAGAAAGUUUUCUAAUUUCAAUGUCGUAGCAGAGACAUCUCUAAUUGAGAUGUAUGUUAAAUGUGGAUGCAUAGACAGAGGGAUGACCGUCUUUGAGAGAAUGCUAAAUAAUAAGAAUAUGAUAUCUUAUGGUGUGAUGAUUUCAGGGCUUGCAGCACAUGGCUAUGGAAAGAAGGCUCUGGAGCUACUCUCCGAGCUCAUGAGUGAAGGUUGGGAGCCCGAUGACGCCAUAUACGUCGGGGUCCUUCGUGCUUGCAGUCAUGCAGGGCUAGUAAAGGAAGGUCACCGACUUUUCGAGAAGACCAUUUCUGAGCUUCGAAUACAACCUACGAUUCAACUUUAUGGAUGCAUGGUUGACCUUCUUGGACGGUCAGGAUCGCUCAAAGAAGCAUAUGAGCUCGUCCGAAACAUGCCCAUUAAACCAAACGAAGUCAUUUGGAGAACCUUGCUCAGUGCAUGUAAGGUUCAUCAUAACAUAGAGAUAGGGGAAAUUGCCAGUGAGAAGCUUAUUGAGCUGGAUAGUUUUACGGCAGGAGAUUACAUGCUUGCUUCAAAUAUAUAUGCUCGUGGUCGCAGGUGGGGUAAUGUGGAGAGGCUAAGAACAGAGAUGGCAGAUAAUGGGUUAGUGCAAAGCCUUGGGCAUAGUUCAAUUGAGGUGGAGAGAAAGGUACAUAGAUUUGUUUCUCAAGAUAGGGCACAUCCUCAAAGCAAUGAGAUAUAUGAGAUGAUUCAUCAGAUAGCUUGGCAACUGAGGUUUGAAGGGUACAGUCUAGAUACAUCAGAGGUGUUAACAUAUGUGAGUGAAGAGGAGAAGAGGGAUUUGGUCCUUGGCCAUAGCCAAAAGCUAGCCAUUACUUUUGGCCUCAUUAGCACAGCCCCUGGUUCGAUCCUACGAAUCUCAAGGAACCUUCGGAUGUGUAGUGAUUGUCAUGCCACUACAAGGUUGAUUUCAAAAAUUUUCAGACGAGAAAUUAUUGUUAGAGAACGCAACCGGUUCCACCACUUCAAAGGAGGGGAGUGCUCUUGUGGGGAUUAUUGGUAAAUGAGUUUGAUUUUGAAAUUAGAGUCGUGAUCUCACUCCAAGCCAGCCCAAUUGGAGUAACUGUACUAUAUAAAUCAUCAGUGUAAGAGAGAAAUACAUGAAAAUUUAUUC